GUGUUAAAACAAAAUAUAUACUUUUAAAUAUAUUAUUUUUCUGAUGAACAAUGGUACAAAGACGUUGUUAUAUAAUCGAAAAUGAUUGUAUACUUGAUAAAAUCAUGAUUAUUUGUGUUAUUUUAUUCAUGCAGGUUAUAAAUCAUAGGAAUUUUGUAAAGUUUAAUGCUUGUGCAAUAUGCACAUAAUAGAAGUUUGAUCUGUAUCGUCGAUUAAACUAAGCAAAAAAAAACAUAUGUACUUAUAUAUUGCAAUAUUUCGCGCUUUUUCUCGAAUAACGCGUCUGUAUAAAUAAUGUCGCAACGCAUUGAUAACACAAUGCAACAACUCGAAAGAGAAUUAGUUGCAACAAGAUCAGAAUUGAGUGGAAUAAAAAGAACAUUAGAAUUAGAACGCCAAGAAAGAAGAGAUUUAGAAACUAAAGCUUUAAGUUUAAUAAAAGAUGCUAAACGCAAAUGGGAAAAUGCAGAGAAGGAAAAAAUUACACAGUUAAAUAAACAUAUUGAAUCACAAACUGUAAGAAUUACAGAAUUAUGCACCAGUAAUAAUGAAAUGAGUUCAAGAUUGCAAAGAACAGAAUGUGAACUUCAGACAGCAAAUGCAGAAUUACACAAACUUAGAGUAUUUCAGAUGCAAUAUAAAGAAUCAUUAGCUAAAACAAGAGAACGUAGUCGACAAAGUGUUCAAGGUGUUGAAACUAAAUUGGAGGAAAUAGCUACACGUUCGCAUAAUCAGAUAGCUGAGCUAAGAGCAAAAUUAGAUUUAGAAAUAGCCAAAAAUACAGAUUUGGAAACUAAACUUAGAAAUGAACAAGAUUCUAAUCAUUGUCGUCAAUCAAGAUUGAAUGUUGCUUUAGAAUUAGCUCAAAAUGAACUUAAGGAUUGUCAAGAACAAUUACAUAGUAUACAAGCUACAAUACCAGCUAGAGAUACAGAAAUAGAAGCUUUAAAAAAACAAUUACAAGAAAGAUCAAAACAAUUGGAUAAUGCUAUGGCAUCGAAACAAAUAAUUACUACAAUGCAAGAACAGCUAGAAAUGUCAAAAUUUGAAAAUGAACAAUUGAAACAACAAUUACAGAUAAUAAAAUCUGAUUUAAAUGAAACUAUGAUGAACUUGGAACAGAGUGAAGCCCAUGCUCUAAAUUUGGAACAAGCUGCACAAGAUAAAGCUGCUUUACAAAAAAGAUUGCAAGAUUCUCUUGAAAAAGAAGAAGAACAUUUGCGUAAAGUUGGAAAUUUAGAAGAAUUAUUACGGCGUUUGGAACAGAGUGUUACUAAAUUAGAAGCAGAAAAUGCUACUCUUAAAAUGGAAACUAUAUCUCCAAGUCCAGAUAUGAUAUCUAAGAAUGAUAUAAUAAAAAUAGAUAUGCAUUCAAAAGAGCAAAUAGAAAAACUAGAACAAGAAAUUCAAACAAUGAAAGAAAAUUUGAAUGGAGAACGUCAAACUGCAAAGCAAGCACAAAUUAGUUUAUGGAAAAAAGAGAAAGAAUUAUCAGAUGCAAAUUUAGAUAAACGAAUUGCAAUAAGAGAAGCAAAGAAAGCAGAAGAAAAAAUUAAAACUUUACAAGAAGAAAAGCAAAAAUUAAUUGAGAAAUUAGAUUAUAAAGUAAAAGAGGAAGAAGAGAAAUCGAGAAAAUUACUUAAAGAGCUAGAUAGCGCAAAAAUAUCAUUAAAUGACAUUACGAAAGAAUCUUCUAAAAAUAAAAUGCAAGCUGAUUCUGCUCAAAAAGCUUUAACUCAGAUCAAUCAUCAAAUAGAAGAACUUCAAUCUUCGAGUUCUUCGUUACGCAGAGAAUUGGAUGCAGCGCGAAAACAAGCAAGAUUAAACCAAGAUCGGGUGGAUAAUUUAAAUGCAGAAAAUAAGCGUUUGUCACAAAGCAUUACAAGACACAAUGAAGAAAAACAUGAAUUACAAUUGAAAAUAGAAAAAUUAGAACAAGAAAUUAAAAGUUACGAAGUGAACACUGAACUUUUGAAAGAAACGUGCACAGUACUUGAAGAACAACUCACAGAUUAUGAAAGGUUAACGAGCGAUCAUGAAACGCGAGAAAAUAUAUUAAUUCAAGAUAAAAUGAAAUUACAAAAAGAUUUGGAAACAACCGAGGCGAAACUUCGAGAAGCACGUUCUGCUCAAAAUGAAGAAAAAUCAUUAAGAUUGGAAGCAGAACGAAAUAUUGAAAAACUUGAAUCAGAAACGAGUGAUAUAGAAACUGAAAGAAAUAGUUUGAUUGCUCAAAGGGAUCAGUAUAAAAAACUUGUACAAGAAUUAAGCGCACAAGUCGAAGAGUUAUCAAAUAAAUGCGGAGAAUUGGAAUGUGAUCUUUCAGAAAUACAGCGAGUUUUGGAAAUCACCAAAGCUGAAACAAGAGUAGUCAAAGAAGAAAGUAGUCAACAUCUAACAAAGGUUCACGAGCUGAAAGAGGCGAAUUUUGUAUUAAUGAACGAUUUGCAGAAUAAUAUAGAUCAAAGUCAAGAUCUUAGGAUGAGAAUUACAGAAUUGGAAAGUAUUUUAGAGGAAAUGCGACAAUUUUAUCAGGAAAGGGAAGUGAAAGCAGAAAGCACUAGACAACAACAAACAAAGUUAAUAGAUUAUUUGCAAUUAAAAUUAGAAGAGUGUAGUAAGAAGAAGAAAACAGUGUGUGAUAAAAUACUUGGUACUAAGCAAAAAGAGAAUAUACCUCCUAAUGGUAUUGGAAUGCCGGUUGGAUAUCGUGAAUUGGAAAAUCAAUUGGCGAAAGAACGCGCCAAAGUCAAAACGUUGACCGAUCAAUUGUUAGCAUUGAAAACUAUGCACUCUUCAGCCUCCGCACCCUCGUCUCCUACAGCGCCGGAUAUUAAAAGUAUAAAUUAUACUACAGAACCAUCGACCACUUCAUUAUCUAAACGUUUAUCGCCACAAAGGAUUGGUCAUCAUAUUCCACAUCGAUUUGAAGUUGGUUUACCAAUGCGAGCUGGAAAGUGUUCUGCAUGUUUAGAAUCUAUCCAAUUCGGAAAACGAGCAGCCAUUUGCAGUGAAUGUAAAGUAAUGACACACUUAAAAUGCGCUGUUACUAUUUCUGCAACUUGUGGUUUACCAAGAGGUUUUGUUAAGCAAUUCGGUAAAAAUUGGAGAAAUAGUAACGAAAGUUUAUCAUUAUCUGGAAGUGUUCAAACGUUAGCUAUAGAUCAACCAGAUAAAGCUGACAUGGAUGUAUGUGAGACACAGAAUAAGAAUAAUAAUAUGCCAAUGGAAAGUUGGGUGAAAGUACCAGACCGUUCAAGAAAUUGUUGGGAAAGAAAAUAUCUCAGAUUAGAUGGGACAUGUUUAUGCAUUUAUGAGCACCAACCGUCUUCUGGAAUGGCCCCAAUAAAUCGUCUAGAUUUGAUCGAGAAAGAUGGAUUUACUAUAUUAGAUACUGUACACAAUCCAGAUGUAAUAGGAACAGCAAAAUCAGAUAUGCCAUUUAUCUUUAGAGUAGAAUCUAAUUCAUCGACUACUUGUUGGCCGACAUCACGUUUAGAUAUAAUGGCUUUAAGUCAGACUGAUAAGAAAAAUUGGAUGAAAGUCUUGAAAUCUGUUACUAGUCAAAAUAAUAUUCAUAAAAAUAGAAAAUACGAAAUUAUGUUAAGAUUAGAAAAAAGUCAAUUGGAUUUAAAUUGUGCUGUAAAUUUGACUGAAGAGAACGUAUUACUCUUGGGUGCUGAAGAAGGUUUGUUUUCGUACUGUGGUGUUAAAUCACGAACGCUUACUGCAAUUCGUGGAGUGACGAGAGUGCAUCAAUUAACUUUACAUCCCCAUUUGGGAAUAGCUUUAAUGAUAGCUGGAGAAAAUAGGCAAUUAGUAUCUUGUAGUUUAAGACAAUUAAAAAGUAAUGCAGUGGCGGCUGAAUGCUCAAGACCAGCAAUUAAUACAAAGACAAUAUUAACUAGUACUGAUAGUUGCCAUUUGUAUCAAUUAGAAAGAGAUAUGCUUUGCGCAGCAACAACUUCUCACGUAAUAUUGCUUAAAUGGUACACUGAAGAAGGUUCUGGAGAAUUUAUUGGAGUUCGUGAACUUGAAACAUCUGAACCAUGUAGUUGUGCUAUAUUUACACAAAAUGUUCUUAUAGUAGGAUGUAAUAAAUUUUUCCAAAUCGAUCUUACAAAUUAUUGUAUCGAUGAAUUUCCAGAAGAAGACGAUAGUUCAGUCAAAGCUGCGCUAUCAGGAGUAGCUAAAUUAGGCAUUUUUCCAGUUUGUGUUUUAAAUGUUUCUCUUGUACCUGGAAAAGUAGAGCUUUUGCUUUGCUAUAAUGAAUUUGGAAUGUUUGUAAAUGAAAAUGGCCAAAGAACUCGUAAUAUUGAUCCAACAUGGAAUCAUUUACCUUUUGCUUUUGCCUUUCGAAAACCGUAUUUGUUUAUUAUUCAUUUUUCAUCUGUGGAAAUCGUAAAACUCGAUCAGGAGGCAUAUACUUUGUCAACAAAGAAUCCAGAACGAAUCUUAAUCGAAUUAUCCAGUCCUCGUUACUUAGGACUGGCUGGAUUAAAAGGAAUUUACAUAGCAACGAUGAAUUCUUUCUUAGAAUUAUUAAAGAUUGAAGGUUCUUCCAAUAUACCGGAAUUAAAUGGCAGUCUUACAAGUUUGGAUACUUUAGAUCGCGAUGACGAAAGCAGUUCAGAAUUUAGUUUUACUUCGAGCUUAAUGGAGACUUUAGAUGACCAAGGGAAAAAAGUACGUUUUACUGGUGUUGCUAAAUAUUGAAAUAUUUUGAUAUUAAGAGUAAUAUAUAUUGUGUUUUUUUUUAUAUCACUAUAGAAGUUACUAUAGGAGAAUUAAGAUCAAGAUUGUAAAAAUUUAGUA